AUGUUAUCUAGAACCAUUUACCAUCGUUCGUUUUCAAUUCUUUCCCGAUCAAAAGCUAAAAGAAGCUUUACUCCAUCAGACAGUUCAGUCGAAUCCGAUGAAAUAUUAAGUGAAAACAACCCUUGGUCGCCUACCUUGGAAGACGAUCCAGUUUACGUACAAGAAAGAAACAAAUUCCGUAAAACGAAAUUACCACAACAGUAUAGGUUGGCUUAUCUGCCGUUGUAUGAAGCACCAGCAUCAAAAUACGUUUCCAUGUUAAAGAGAUUGACUUUGAGUGUGGGUGUAUUAGGAAUUUAUGGUGCUAAAUUAUUCUACGAAUCGAGUCAGUUUGAUGAUUUGUAUGCCUACGCAACAUUGGCAGCAACAUUCACCCCGUUGGCUUUGGUACAGUACAAGACGAAAGACUAUGUAACAAGAAUAUUUAGGCUAUACGAUAAAACAAAACCCCAAACAUUAGAAAACCUUGUCAGUGAUGAAAAGUUGAUCUUGGAAAAGCUAAAUUUUACUGGCGGAAGCACAUAUAAUGAGUUGUUGACUAUAACAGACAACAAGGACUUGAAACUACUGCCACCAGCAAAACCAUAUUUGCCGUAUUCUACAUGGAGGGACAACACAAGGGACUUUUAUGUGAUGGAUAAUAUCGGAGGAAUAAGAAUGGACAGAAUAUGGGGAUUGAUUGAAAAGAAUAGCCAAGUAAACAAUGGAAGGUCCAAUUGGUAA